AUGAAUAACCAAACAAAAACCUACUCAGAUAUAAAUCUGAUCAAGAACUCAAAAAGACACCAAAUGAAAUCUAAGGAUGCUAAAAAAUCCAUUUCAAUAAGUGAGCAGGAAAUAAGAAAGCUCACUGCUGGGAUCUUAGGAGUCACUUGCAUUGUCUUGAUGGCCAGCAUAGAAAUUGUGAGAAUUAUUAACCCCGAAAUAUUAAUCACUAUGAGAAUUACUUUACUCUGUCUAGGCACUGUAAUACUGGAAAAGAACAGAGUCCCGAAAGUAAUUCUGAACCUUUCCUCAGUGCAUCAUUGUGGUCAUUGUCCAGAAGACUGGAUUUCUUAUUCCAACAAUUGUUAUUUUAUUAGUAGUAAAAAAAAAAGCUGGACAGAAAGUCAAACAGCCUGUGCCCUUAAGAAAUCCAAUCUGAUUUCUAUGGAAAAUGAUGAAGAAAUGAAUAAAAUUACUUAUCCCAUCAUGAGACAUUUGUGUGAGACUCCAAGUGAAUUAGAGUCAGAACAUGAGACUCUCAGCUGCAAAGAACACCCUGCCUCCCCGACCUACUUUGAUCUUGUCAUAUAA